AUGCCAGAUCUGUCGACUGACAAAUUCAUGGUCAACACAGACACCAACAUCAAGCCGCUCUCGUGUCGUACGCUCAGAAUCACAGAUGGAGAAGCUUUGGAAGCAGGAACCAAGAAGUUUGAAGAUCUGGAGUUUCAACAACUUGAGAGAGAAAGCAGCUUGGAGGAGGAAAGGGAAACAAUGAGCCAGCAGUUGUUGCGGGAGAGAGCAGAGGCCAAGAGGAAGGAGAAAGUGUCUGCUUUGGAGAACCAGGCCAACCAGCUGGGCCUCCAGGCAUCUCAGGAAUGUGAGCGUCUCGCCAAAGACAGGACCAUCACGCUGCAAAUGCGCCAAAAGGAGGAGGAGAGGCUGUCUGAUUUGGAACAAAGGUACCACAGUUUAACUGGAGGAAAGAGCUUCCCAAAGUCCUCUACAGCCAUGCGAGAAGUGUUCCGUUCCAAGCUUGACAGUGAUCCAGGGCAGUCUCCUCAUCAAGCCAAGUCUGGAUCUACUCUGCAGCAGGGAGCAGCAACACUGGGCCGCAACACAAGCUCGAAAGCCCUCUUCUGAGCGCCAAAAGCUCAAGCAGCCUGCCCAGGAACCUGGCUGCCACCCUGCAGAGCGUUGAGACCAAAAGGCAGCUCGGUCUGCAGCAAAAAGGUCAACAGGUGAUUGAAGAGCAGCGACGUCGUCUGGCUGAGCUAAAGCAGAGAGCAGCGGCAGAAGCUCAGUGCCAGUGAGAGGCGCUCCAUAGCUUGCAGCCUCAACUCAUCAACCCCACGCCCUCCUACUCCCUAGUCAUGUCCUACAGUCCCACACUGAGUCACAGGUCUACAGGCCACCAUCCUCUGGUCCAACACUCCAUCCUACACCACCAUCCAGCAUCAGCCGGAGAGCAGCCCUACGACACGUUGAGUCUGGAGAGCUCUGACAGUAUGGACACUAGUGUGUCCACGGGGAACAACUCCGCCUGGUCACCAGAUAAUUUAUCCAGGUACAGUGAUGCCUCGAUUUACAAAUUUAAUUGGUUCUUGAACGGGGUUUGUAAAUUGAACAUCAUUUUCCCAUAAGAAAUAAUGCAAACCUGAAUAGUUGGUUAUAGCCUCCGCAAGAGUCCCUAUUUUAGUAACAGUUUGUACACUUUGAACACAGUAAGAAGCUAUACAAUACUGUAUAUAAGACAUGACAAGGUGUGAGCGAUCAAAAAUCUCUAUUAACCAAGUCAACAACAAAUACAAGCGGAUCUGUCCUCCUCAUUCAAAUGCAACUGCCCUGGAUGGAUGUUUUGCGGUGGAUUUUUUCGCCUGUGGUUCUGAGUCGAUGGUCCCCGGGAGAACACCGGCUUCCGUUGGGCAAGAAUGAAUCAAGACUUCGAGACACCAUGGCUUUUGGGCUAAUUAGAUUUAUUGAACAAGCCUUAGUGUCAUAGCAGCUGCUUACAAAGCCAGAACAAAGAAAAAAGCCCCCGAAAC